UCCACCUGCUGCCCUCACCAUGGGAGCAAACCCCAGCGGCAGUCGCCAGAGCCCAUCACAACACCGCCCCACGGCAUGCUCCAGGCUAACUCUGGUGUCACCUUUCCACAGAAAACCAUGAGUCCACUCAUUCAGGCAGCCACCCCUACGACGACCUGUCUGAGUACCGUCUGACCUGUGUUGACACCCACAGGUCCCAGAACCUGAGAUGUGUCCAGUCUGGAGGCUCCUGGUCCUCCUCAGCUUGCUGUCCUUGCCCUCAGCACUGCACAGGCAGGGCCUGGCCAAGGCCCACGUGGACAGCAAACCGGCUCUGGCGAGAAUUAUCGCCCAGGGUCUCAUGAAGCACAAUGCCGAGGGCCGAAUCCAGAACAUCCGCAUCAUGGACAGUCUGAAUGCCUCAGGGCAGAUGGCCCCAGGGAUGGUGGGCUGGCUAAUCAGCAGCAUGAGCCUCCAGCAACAGCAAGAAAGCAGCGCCAACGUCACCAACAUUCAGCUGGACUAUGGUGGCAUCCGGAUGUCUUUCCACAAGGAGUGGUUCUCAGCCAACAUCUCACUUGAAUUUGACAUUGACUUGAGACUGCCCUUUGAUAACAAGAUCAUAAAGACACGUGCAUGCAUGAACCUCGUUGUGGAGUUCUGGCUGGAGAAAGAUGAGUUUGGCCGGAGGGACCUGGUGAUAGGCAGCUGCUGUGUGGAGCCCAGCAGCAUCUACACGACAGUUCUAACUGAAGAUAUCUCACCAAAGAUGAAACAUUUUCUCCACAACUUCAGGGAGAACCUGGUAAAAGUUACCCCGCGCCUGGUAGAGAGUCAGGUGUGUCCUCUGAUUGGCGAGAUCCUCAGACAGCUGGACGUGAAACUGUUGAAAAGCCUCAUGGAACAGGUUGUUGCUCAUAAAUUCAACCAACUGUGAGUCCAGCCAACCCUCCGUACACCAGACUUGGAGCGUCCUCCAGCUACCUACUGAUAAUUGGAAGGAGAUUCCACAUCUUGAGACCUUAAGCCUCCCUCAGAGUGGGGCUUCCACUGCCCCCAAAACCUUUACCACAGGCCCUGCGGAGUCCUGUCCUAUCCCCAAUAAACUUUAGCUCCGAAGGGUA